AGAGCGCGACCGCCAUUUUGAGAUUUACCUCAGACUCAACACAUCACAAACCACGGGAGAAGAGGGUUUAGAGCUAUGGUUGAAAUCCAAACAGCUCAGGCUAACGUUGUAUGACCGGGCACAUUCCUCACAAGAAACAAGAGGUUAGCUAGAAAUGCAACGCCGUGCCGUGUUUUGUUGUAUAUCGUGUUAGGGGCGGUUUGGGGAAUUGGUUUAUGUCGGGCCGUGGCAACUCUCGUCUACGCGAAGUUCCAAAUCAACAUUAGUGCUAUUUCGUAUUGGAAACGGGUAUGAAUGGAUAGCUUUUUCCUCCGCUCUUCCCCAGACGAGGGACAAUCGGAGGAGCACACGGACUGGGGAUAUUGCAGAUAAAGUUAUUGAAUGUGUGUGUGUAUAGCAAAUGAACCUUUUUUUCAUUGUUGUUGUACCUAUUUCACCAGUUGGCUGCCUAGUGUCGGGUAGCUUAACGCUAGCUUUAAACAGGGUAUUUGUUCCUCAAGGUGCAGGUCGUGCUGUGCGUUGUCUUAUUGCCCCACAUUUCCAGGGGUAAAGCCGGAUUGAUUUAGCUAAUUUCAGCGGGCCUCCCUCCUCGGAGCCCCGGUCCAUACAUCCCACUCCACACCGUCAACCAGCGACUCGCACCCACUAAAGGCGCCGAGAUUGGGCGAAUAGCGAGCAAAUACGUCCGCGUUUCUUUACCCGCUCCCCCGCCGACCUCCCCUCCUCAGUCCCCGGCGCUGACAGCAGACAAGGCCGAGGUCGCGACAGAGCAGGCCCGGCCGCUGAGGCUCGACCUGUCCACCCCACCUUCGCAUCCUACCACACCUCACCAGCAGUCCAGAACCCGGUUCCCCGCAGAGCUCACCCUGGACAAGGUCGAGGGUAACAGAGAUUGCAGGGAGCACCGCACCACAACAACAACAACAGCUGCCAACAUGAACCACCACCAUCACCACACGCAGCAGCAACAGAAAGCCGGUGAGCAGCAGCUCAGCGAACCAGAGGACAUGGAAAUGGAAGCUGGAGACACAGACGACCCGCCAAGAAUCCCAGCCAACCCAGUGAUCAAUGGUAACGUGGCCAUGGCAGAUGGACACAACAACACAGAGGAGGACAUGGAGGACGACACUAGUUGGCGGUCAGAAGCAACUUUCCGCUUUGUGGUAGAGCGCUUCAGCCGCCUGAGUGAGUCUGUGCUCAGCCCGUCCUGCUUUGUUCGGAACCUUCCGUGGAAGAUAAUGGUGAUGCCGCGCUUCUAUCCCGACCGGCCACACCAGAAGAGUGUGGGCUUCUUCCUGCAGUGUAAUGCAGAAUCAGAUUCCACGUCAUGGUCAUGCCACGCACAGGCCAUGCUGAAGAUCAUCAACUACAAAGACGACGAGAAGUCUUUUAGCCGCAGGAUCAGCCAUCUGUUCUUCCACAAAGAGAAUGAUUGGGGCUUCUCUAACUUCAUGUCCUGGAGUGAUGUGACUGAUCCUGAGAGGGGCUUUAUUGAUGAUGACAAAGUCACAUUUGAAGUCUAUGUCCAGGCAGAUGCCCCGCAUGGAGUGGCAUGGGACUCUAAGAAACACACAGGCUAUGUAGGACUAAAGAACCAGGGAGCUACCUGCUACAUGAACAGCCUUCUACAGACACUCUUCUUCACCAACCAGCUACGACGGGCGGUGUACAUGAUGCCCACAGAGGGAGAUGACUCGUCCAAGAGCGUUCCGCUAGCGCUGCAGAGGGUUUUCUACGAGCUGCAACACAGCGACAAACCCGUUGGCACCAAGAAACUCACCAAGUCCUUUGGAUGGGAAACACUAGAUAGCUUCAUGCAACACGAUGUACAGGAGCUCUGCAGAGUGCUCCUGGACAAUGUGGAGAAUAAAAUGAAAGGCACUUGUGUUGAGGGAACCAUCCCUAAGCUCUUCAGAGGAAAAAUGGUGUCAUAUAUCCAGUGUAAGCAUGUGGACUACCGGUCAGAGCGGAUAGAGGACUACUAUGACAUCCAACUUAGCAUAAAAGGAAAGAAGAACAUCUUUGAGUCAUUCAAAGAUUAUGUUGCAACCGAACAGUUAGAUGGAGACAACAAAUACGACGCAGGAGAGCACGGCCUGCAGGAAGCAGAGAAGGGAGUGAAGUUUCUUACUUUCCCUCCAAUCCUCCAUCUGCAACUGAUGAGGUUCAUGUAUGACCCACAGACUGACCAAAACAUCAAGAUUAAUGACAGGUUUGAGUUUCCUGAUCAGUUACCCCUGGAUGAGUUCCUUCAGAAGCAAGACUCUAAGGACCCUGCUAACUACAUCCUGCAUGCCGUGCUUGUACAUAGCGGGGACAACCACGGGGGUCACUAUGUUGUCUAUCUUAACCCAAAAGGAGACGGCAAAGUCAGUGUCAAGGAACCAAUAUGGUGUAAGUUUGAUGAUGACGUAGUGUCGCGGUGCACCAAGGAAGAGGCCAUAGAGCACAACUAUGGUGGACAUGAUGAUGACCUCUCAGUGCGCCACUGCACCAACGCAUACAUGUUGGUCUACAUCCGUGAGUCCAAGCUCAGUGAGGUGCUCCAGCCAAUGACUGACGUGGAUAUCCCCCAGCAGCUGGUGGAGCGUCUACAGGAGGAGAAAAGGGUGGAGGCACAGAAAAGGAAGGAGCGCCAAGAGGCUCACCUCUACAUGCAGGUCCAGAUUGUAACAGAGGACCAGUUCUGUGGUCAUCAGGGCAAUGACAUGUAUGAUGAGGAGAAGGUGAAGUACACAGUCUUCAAGGUCCUGAAGAGCUCUACGCUGCAAGAGUUUGUCCAGACCCUCUCCCAGACCAUGGGUUUCCCACAGGACCAGAUGAGGCUGUGGCCCAUGCAGGCCCGGAGCAAUGGAACGAAGCGACCCGCCAUGCUCGACUACGAGGCUGACUGCAACAAGUCGAUGAUCGACCUGAGCGACAAUGAGAACCCCUGGACAAUAUUUUUGGAGACAGUGGAUCCAGAGAUGGCGGCCAGUGGGGCAACAUUACCCAAGUUCGACAAAGACCAUGAUGUCAUGUUGUUCUUGAAGAUGUAUGACCCCAAAACCAGAAGCUUAAAUUAUUGUGGACAUAUCUACACACCUAUAUCCUGCAAAAUAAGAGACCUUCUACCAGUCAUGUGUGAGAGAGCAGGGUUUCAGCAGGAAACUAGCCUUAUCCUCUAUGAGGAAGUAAAACCCAAUCUAACGGAGCGGAUACAGGACUACGAUGUCUCUCUGGACAAGGCCCUGGAUGAGCUCAUGGACGGGGACAUCAUUGUCUUCCAGAAAGACGAUCCAGAGAACGACAGCAGCGAGCUGCCUACUGCCAAGGACUAUUUCCGGGAUCUCUACCACAGAGUGGACGUCAUUUUCUGUGACAAAACCAUCCACAACGACCCUGGCUUUGUCGUUACACUCUCUAACCGCAUGAACUAUUUUCAGGUGGCCAAGACAGUAGCGCAGAGGUUGAACACAGAUCCCAUGCUGCUGCAGUUCUUCAAGUCACAGGGGUACAGGGACGGUCCGGGGAAUCCUCUCAGACACAACUAUGAGGGAACGCUGCGGGACCUGCUGCAAUUCUUCAAGCCUCGGCAGCCCAAGAAGCUCUACUAUCAGCAGUUAAAGAUGAAGAUAACAGACUUUGAGAACAGGAGGAGUUUUAAAUCCAUAUGGCUCAACAGCCAGUUCAGAGAGGAGGAGAUCACCCUCUACCCUGACAAGCAUGGCUGUGUGCGGGACCUUUUGGAAGAAUGUAAAAAGGCAGUGGAGCUCUCUGAAAAAGGCUCUGAGAAGCUCAGGCUGUUAGAGAUAGUAAGCUAUAAAAUCAUCGGGGUUCACCAGGAGGACGAGCUGCUAGAAUGUUUAUCUCCGGCCGCCAGCCGCACCUUCAGAAUAGAGGAGAUUCCAUUGGACCAGGUGGACUUGGACAAGGACAGUGAAAUGCUGAUCCCUGUCGCUCACUUCCACAAGGAAGUCUUCGGCACCUUCGGGAUCCCUUUCUUGCUCAAGAUCAGACAGGGCGAGUCAUUUCGGGAGGUGAUGAGGAGGAUCCAGACCAUGCUGGACAUUCAGGAGAAAGAAUUUGAGAAGUUCAAGUUUGCGAUUGUGAUGAUGGGGCGGCAUCAGUACAUCACUGAAGACGAGUAUGAAGUCAACCUGAAGGACUUUGAACCACAGCCAGGUAACAUGUCCCACCCGCGCCCCUGGCUAGGGUUGGAUCAUUUCAACAAAGCUCCAAAGAGAGGUCGCUACACCUACCUGGAGAAAGCAAUCAAGAUCCACAACUAAAAGCAGCCCGCCCCUCCUUUUUGUCCUUCUCAUCCUCCUGCUCCGCCUUUCUCCCUACCUACUUUAACACACCAUACCCACAGACUGUAACCAACCGUGCGUGUGUGUGUUUGUGUGUGUGUGAGACCGGGUAGGUGGG